AUGCCUCCUAAAGUAGGAGAUCCAGAGGUAGGAGAACUUCUUCCCACCAACAAUACCCUGCAGUUAGCUGAUCAUUCGAUCAAAUUUCCUAAGGGUAAAGUGGAAGAUGUUCCCCUGUGGGUUAGGAAAUUUGUAAUACCUGUUGAUUUUGUGGUUUUGGAAAUGGAUGAGGAUAGUCAUAUACCUAUUAUUCUAGGACGACCUUUCCUAUCUACCUCAGGUGCUCUCAUUGAUGUGAAGAGUGCUAAGAUUUCUUUAAAGGUAGGGGAGGAAGUUUUAGAUUUUGAUUUGAAUAAAAGCAUGCAAUAUCCUUGUUCUAGUUCUGAAAACUUCAUGAUGAUUGACACCAUUGAUUCGAUUGUUUCUAGUAUGCAUACGCAAUUACUCUUUACUAACCAUGAUCGGUGA